AAUAAGCUUAAUAAAUGCGAUCGCCCUUUUCUUAGCUGAUAUGUUGAACCUCAUUGCUUUCCUCCGCCGUCGUCUCCGCCGCCCCCGGAAAGCCAGAAUCUCCGUCAACCACCACCGCUCAGGUGAUACUUCUCCUGAGACUCAUCAGAGUGGUACCAAUGGGUUUCCAUCGGCAGCCGCUAUUCACCCAAACCCGGAGAAAACCAUCACAGUGGCCACCUUUAACGCUGCUAUGUUCUCCAUGGCUCCCGCCGUCCCAAACAACAAGGGUUUGCCAUUCCGGUCCAAGUCAACCGUUGACCGCCCCAAGAGCAUUCUCAAGCCCAUGAACGCCGCCGCCACUCCUACUCAUGACGAGAGGUUUGCCAAAUCCAGGCCUAGGGUCUCCAUCAAUCUCCCCGACAACGAGAUCAGCCGCCAGCUCAGCUUCCGGGAGGAUCCACAGCACUCUCCGCUCAGGCCUGCUCUCUCUUUCUCCGGCGAGGUUGGUCUCCGGAGCACCAGAACGGCUCUGGAAGUGCUGAGGGAGCUAGACGCAGACGUGCUGGCUCUGCAAGACGUCAAGGCUGACGAGGCUGACCAAAUGAGACCGCUCUCCGAUCUUGCGGCCGCGCUGGGGAUGAAUUACAUCUUCGCUGAGAGCUGGGCGCCGGAGUACGGCAACGCCAUUCUCUCUAAGUGGCCCAUCAAAAGCUCCGAUGUUCUAAGAAUCUUCGACGACACUGAUUUCAGGAACGUGUUGAAGGCGAGCAUAGAAGUUCCGGGGAGCGGGGAAGUGGAGUUUCACUGCACUCAUCUUGAUCACUUGGACGAGAAGUGGAGAAUGAAGCAAGUCGAUGCCAUUAUCCGAUCCACCAACGUACCCCACAUACUCGCUGGUGCUCUCAAUUCGCUCGACGAAUCCGAUUAUUCUCCUGAGAGAUGGACCGACAUCGUCAAGUAUUACGAAGAGAUGGGUAAGCCGAUACCAAAAGCACAAGUGAUGAGAUUCUUAAAGAGCAAAGAAUACACUGACGCUAAGGACUUUGCUGGAGAAUGCGAAUCUGUGGUUGUUGUCGCCAAAGGCCAAAGUGUGCAGGGGACAUGCAAGUACGGGACACGCGUGGACUACAUACUGGCUUCCUCAGAUUCACCGUACCGGUUCGUGCCAGGGUCGUAUUCGGUGUUGUCUUCCAAAGGAACCUCGGACCAUCACAUAGUCAAAGUCGAUGUUGUAAAAGCUAGAGCGAUCAACGUCGACGAGCAGCGACCGAUAAGACACAAGCUGCAGAGAGUUACAGCGACUACGUAUAAUAAUAACUCGUCUCUCACAAAGGCCUCGUGGAGGACACAUUACUACAAAGCGUGAACAAUCUCUAUAUAUUACAAAAUGUUACAGUUUUUUUUGGACUGUUGAUUCACUCAAUUUGAGAUCUGUGUAUAAUUUAAUAAUCGUGCUAGUCUCUG